GGUGCUUGCAGACUACUCGAACUCCGAGUUUGGCGAGUGAUGUAUGAUACCAACGAAAAUGAUUAUGAUAUGCAUAUCUUUCCAUUAUCAUUGAGACAAAAUGGAUCGAAAUACCAGCUUCCCAAUAAUAACUGGUCGAAGGACAUUGAGUUUCAGGGAUGAAAAGUCCAUCCGUGAGGCUGUGUUUGGCAGUAAGGACUUUGUUCAACGAAUGAAGCUUGAUACAACACUUGAUGUACAUAGGGGAUGUGUCAACACGAUAUCAUGGAAUGACCGAGGAAGUCUCCUUCUGUCUGGAUCGGAUGAUAAAAAGCUCUGUUUUACAAACCCAUACACCAAGCAAGUACAGGCAUCCAUCCCGUCGGGUCAUAGGUCAAACAUCUUCAGUGCAAAGUUCCUACCCUUUUCAAACGAUAGGCAGGUGGUUUCUUGUUCUGGUGAUGGCUGUAUAAUGUUCAGUGAUCUGGAUAAUCCUGACAUGUACGGGCACAACUCCUUUAACUGCCAUUAUGGAACGGCAUACGAGGUUGUGACCUUGCCCUCUGACCCCAAUACAUUCAUGUCAUGUGGUGAAGACGGGAACGUUAGAUGGUAUGAUCUACGAAUCAAGACUAGCUGUUCAAAAGAGGAGUGCAAAGAGGACGUCAUGAUCAAUUGUCGUCGGGCUGUGACAGGCAUAUGUGUGAAUCCUAUCCUACCUUACCAGCUUGCCGUUGGUUGCUCAGAUAGCUCGAUCAGAAUCUUUGAUCGGAGGAUGUUGGGCACCAAACUCUCAGGGAAGCAGUUAGGGCGUGGAAUGCAGGGUAUUCUGUGUCGCUUCUGCCCGCCGCACCUGCAGAACAAGUACACCCGCCCUACCUCCUUGUCCUACUCAGCCAAUGGUCAAGACAUGCUGGUCAGCUAUUCUUCGGAUUAUAUCUACCUGUUUGGUACCAAUGCACGCUACAAGGAUCACCAUGAAGCAACCUGCGGGGCGGAAGACGCAGGAAUCGAUGUGCUAGAAGCCGAUGAAGAUGAUAAUGAUGAGCUUGCAGCUGGUAAUCCAGUGAAGAGGUUAAGAUUGAGGGGAGACUGGUCGGAUACUGGGCCUAGAGCUCGGCCUAGGAGUGAGCAGCCAGAAGGUGAACGACCAAGAUCAACAAUGGUCCAGAGGAUGUCUGAGAUGCUGUCCCGCUGGCUGGAAGAAUCAUCUUCAUCGCCUCGAAGACCUGUCAGAUCUGGUCAGCCGGGUGUCAUAGGCUCUUCCUUCUCAACCUCUGCUACAACCACAUCAGCAACACAGUCAACUACAGUGAUAGCAUCGACUACAGUGUCAACGACAGCAACAGCUUCGUCAACAUGUUUGACAUCACAGUCAACUACAGCGAUAGCGUCGGCGACAGCUUCGACAACAGUGUCAACUACAGCAACAGCUUCAACAGCACCGUCAAUUUCAGCGGCUGAACCGGUGACAACCAAAGCAUCAAGUUCACAAGCGCAGCCCAGUGAAAGGCAUGAAAAGUUUGAGGAAAAAUCUGGGCCAUCUCCAGGAAGAGACUUAUCAAGAACGCCAGAUGUUGUUCCUGAAACUGAUUCAAAGAUGCAAAGAGAGUCCGGCAGGAUGCCAGAGGUUGAUGAAACAAAGGAAGAGAGGACUCGGACAGAAUCACUUAGUGCAAUGGAUAGUGCAAUAAAGAAGGAGAGUGGGAAGCAGAUGGAAAGAAGAGUUCAUGAUAAAGAAGAUGAAGGAGAGAAUGACUCAAAAGGGAAAAACCAAAGAGCAGAAAGUGGUCGGGAUGCUGCUACGAGACGAAAGUAUGAGGAAGGGCCAGAAAGCUGGAGGAAGGGGCUGAAAUCAAGAGGAGACCCUAUAGAAAGUAGAUCUCAGAAAGGUUCAGAUGGAAAAGGCAGAGAGGCAAAGUCGUAUGUGGAUACCCAAAAGUCAGAAAAAGAGAGUAGAAAACAGGAUGAAAAGAAGAAAGAGGAAGAAGAGAAGAAAGGCAUCUUUGCUCUUGGUGAGAGGAUGGAAGACAGGAACCCUAUGGCUAGACUUACCAAGCAAGACAGUCUUGAGCACUCACGGUCACGGAAGAAGAGCAUUGUUGACAACCCUCCCAACUUACCAGCUUACACCGAACCCUGCGCUGACAAACCUCAACCGACAUCAUCUAAAGCUGAGAAGACCAAGGAGCAAGGAGGGGACCGAGAAGAGGGGAGUCAGGGGGGUCAAGUGGAGGGUGAUGAAGGAAGAAGAAGAGUUGACAGGAGAGAAGAAGAGGAGAAGGAGGAGACGAGGAAGAGCAGAAGUUCAACCAGCUCCAUGCAGAGCACUGAAUCCGGAACUUCACAAAGCAGCCAGUCCAUGACUUGCAGUGAAUCUGACAGUGAUGAAGAAUUGGAACUAAUGGGAGCAGGAAGAGAGAAGAAAACACCACAUCAGUUAGAUACUCCUACUGAACCCAGAGAGCGUGUGAGAUCAGAGGCCGAGAUGAGAUUGAGGGAGCUCUUCAAGACAAAGAAAGAAGAACGGGAGAGAGAAGCAGAGAUUAUCAAGAACGUCCACUCUCCGUCCAUCGAGAUGGUCUACAAGGGACAUAGGAACUCAAGAACCAUGAUUAAGGAGGCUAAUUUCUGGGGUGAUCACUACAUUGUCAGUGGAUCAGACUGCGGACAUAUAUUCAUCUGGGAUAGAUAUACAGCUAAACUUGUAAUGCUGCUAGAGGGCGACAAACACGUCGUGAACUGCAUUCAGCCCCACCCUGUUGAUCCCUUGCUGGCUACUAGUGGUAUUGAUUACAACGUGAAGCUAUGGGCACCCAUCGCGCCUGAGCCAUACUUCUCUGAGAAUUCAGCCGAGGUGAUGAGAAUCAAUGAACUGAUGUUGGAGGAGACGAGAGAUACCAUCACCGUACCACCGUCAUUCAUGCUGAGGAUGCUAGCAUCACUCAAUCAUAUUAGAGGAGACCGCAGCAGAUCUAAUGAACCUCGGUCUACCAGUGACAGCUCAGAUGAUUAGACCAGAUCCAGUGUCAUCAUGCUUGGUCUAUUCAACAAUGUACUGACUGGACCAGGUCCUCUCUGUCGCGCCUGGUCUAUUCAACACUUGAAUGCUAGGACCUGGGCUCCGUAACACAAAGAUUAGUGAUGAAUAGCAAUUAUGAGAGAACACUUCUGAUUGGUUCCUGCUCAGUAUUAUGCGCCAAAUGCGCGUGUAAUGUUGAUUGGUCAGUUCAUUUAGCGAUUGAUUGCUAAUCUUUGUGUUACGGGACCCAGGACUUGCGUGUCUUGCUAGGUGUAUCCAUCAACUGAUUGCAGGGAAAAGGGUCCUGCUUCCUUUUCUUUCUCUAUGCAACACUGCCAUGCAGAUUGGAGACUCAAACAUAUGUGUCGGACUGUUCUGUUUCUGUAUGAUUUAUUCAAUUUUUUCUAUGGAUUGAAUAAUAUACAAAUAAUGAUUGUUUAUGAGUGCAAUGGAUCAUUUCAUCUUUCACCUAAUGAAGUAUUCUGUCCAUUGCACGAAUGAAAAGAACAUUCAUUAUUUGGUUUAUAUGACACCUAAAAACAGAUUCCUUUUCAUAUGAAAUUUGUGAAUUUCGAUGCAAAAUAUGCUCAUGCAGUGAGAGCUUGGUCUGUUGAUUAUCGCAUACAUACAGCAUGAGCGCUGCAUACACGAGUGGUGCCUGCAGUCUUGGUGCGCGCAUGCAAUGGACAAAAUUGUGCGGUUGAUGACGUCAUUGUAAAAUGGGCUGAAUGGUCGAUAUCAACUAACCAAUUAAAUGACAAGGAUCUAUCUAGGUGUCAUAUAAUGCAUGAUAUGCUAUUUAUGCUGCAAACUGCUAGAAGUAAUUCACAUUGGAAAGUUCGUUUAAUCAGGAUAGUUAUAUUCAACUAUCUGGAGUGAUUUUCAGAUAAUUGAUAAUUGUAUUCCUUAUAUUUCAUUCAACCUCAUACAUGUAGCUAUUGCUAGAGAUUUGAAGUAAAAUUGGGUGUUAAAUAUGCAAAUAAUGUUUUUCACAAAUAAAUUUGCAUAUUCUAUUCAUUAUAAAUUUUUUAAAAAAAAAUUUGAUUUUUUUUUUUUAUAUUGGCUUGUAGUUUAUGUGGUAAAGAAUGCAUGCCAAAUUUCGACGGAACCGCUCGAACGGCGGACGAGAUCAGAUAGCUUAGUCCUUUUAGGGUUAAAACAAUACAAAGCAGCAUUUGUGGUCAAUAAAUGGUGAUUAACUUUUCAUAAUCAACAAUAUCUUGGUCUUACUGUGUUACCAUGAUUAAUUAACAUAAUCAUAAAACAAUUAUUGAAAAUUCAAUAUUUUUUCAGAUCGCAUAAUUUUGAUAAUGUAGAAAUAUCGCUCAGCACUAGUUCCACUCAUUGCCAAUACUUUGUGUCUUAAGUACUGUAUAUGGUAAAUUUUGAAAUACAUGUAUUGCUUUUAAAUUUUUGAAAUAUUUCUUCCAUGUAUUUGAUACAGCUGAAUUCAUAUAUCAAAAUGCAUGCGAAAACAGGUUUUAUUCUCUUAUUAUUUUCUGUUUAUUCGAAAUGGCUUAAAUGUGAUGAUAGAUUUUGUACUUCCAUAUUAUAAUUGAAUAUUUUUUUAAAGCCAUACAUUGUAGCUUUUUGGGGGCACAAUGACACCGAUAUUACUUUGUAAAAUGAAAUACAAGAUGUAGUAUGAAGGGAGGUUCUGUGUUUGCAAUCCUGAAUUUCUUUGAUAUUUCUCCUCAUAUUGUGAAAGGUUACAUGCAAGUGUGCUACAUGUAAAUAUCUCUACAAAUUAAGAGGAAAAAAAUACUUGAAACUUUGUUUUCUACAGGUAUAUUUUUUAAUGAAAUACGACAGUCUUGUCUUUAUGAAAUACAAAUUUUUAAUGGUACCCACUGUUUGCACUCCUAUUUCAUUAUGCACACUUCGGAUGUUUCGAUGAAUAAGACUGCAUUUUUGGCUGAUAUUAAACAUUUUCUGCCAUUUUAAUGCCGAUUUAGACUAACAAAUACCGUGCCCUCUGUUGCAAGUAUAAAAUUUGCAAAGGUUACUUAUCUAUUUUCAUUAGGAUAAUUUAUAAGAGAAUACAGUGAAAACUCAUGAAAAUCAAAGCAAAAUCCAAUUAAACAAAGUGCAUGUAUGUGUGUGAAAUUGUGCCCCAUCAAACGUGUUUAAUUGUGUUCUUUUGCCAAGCUUUAUCUGCAUGGAAAUUUAGCGAUUUUCCUAGAUUUGCAAUAUUUAAAAUUGCAUUGAUCUUUAAUGUUACACGAACAUGUUAUGAACCAAGGAGUUUUCAAUGCAAGUACUGUACAUGUUGUACCCGUAGCUUCUAGAAAAAUAACUUGUCAUUUUAAACAAUUGGCUGAAUGUGUAUACAUAUUUUAACCUAAAUUCUUUUUAUUUUCAUUUAAUAUUUUUCAUUUUAUUUCCACAUGUCUUUGUAAAUUAGGAUUUCCAUUUUUGACCGAACAUGUACAUGUUUUAUCAUCCAUUUGAACAAAAAAAUAUAUCAGUUACUGGACACAAAAUUAUUUCAAUUCUUGUAAACUACCAUAUGGUGAUGUAAGUAUCCUUUUUAAAAUUCUUUUGUCUAUGCAUAUUAUUUUGUAAAGGCGAUUUUCAUUAUUUGAUAUAAUAAUGAAAUGCGUUGUUUCAAAGAACACUGUGAAAUGAUUUCUCUGACAUUUACGUCUUUCCUACUCAUUGUGAAACAAGGUUUGAAUUCUUGCUGCACAGAAUUCACAAAUUAUGCCAUUGCGGGGAUUGCCAAAACCAAUGAUGUAAUUUAGUGAUUAUGCUAAGUGAAAAUUUUUGGUAAGAUUUUGCAUGUUUUAUUCAGUCAAGCGAAAGGGAAUUUUUCAAAUUGUGCAGAUUUGCUGUGUUGAACUACAUGUACAUGUACAUGUAGGUUAUCAUUAUGUUAUUUUCAUAAUAAUCCAAUAUAUUAUUGGAGUGGCAUUGAAUUUUGGAGUUCCAAAUGAUAAAUUGUUAAUACUGUUAGAUGUAUGGAAAAAUUUGUAUCUAUUUAUUUAUUCAUAUUUAUUUUGAACAGUCUUUGCUUCUUCAUCACAUGCAAUGUGAUUAUGGUAAGGGAGUACUUUUAUACUUCUAUUUUUGUUGCAUAUCUGACUGUUGAAAACAGUAAGGAGAGUUUAAGUAAAAUUCAUGUAUGAAAA